GAUCUCACUCUCGCAAGCUCUCUUGCAUGUGAUGUCACUCUCGCAAGCUCUCUUCUACGUGAUGUCAUUCUGGCAAGCUCUCUUGUAUGUGAUGUCAUACUCGCAAGCUCUCUUGUAUGUGAUGUCAUACUCGCAAGCUCUCUUGUAUGUGAUGUCAUACUCGCAAGCUCUCUUGUAUGUGAUGUCAUACUCGCAAGCUCUCUUGCAUGUGAUGUCAUACUCGCAAGCUCUCUUGCAUGUGAUGUCAUACUCGCAGGCUCUCUUGCAUGUGAUGUCACUCUCGCAAGCUCUCUUCUAUGUGAUGUCAUACUCGCAGGCUCUCUUGCAUGUGAUGUCAUACUCGCAAGCUCUCUUGCAUGUGAUGUCAUACUCGCAGGCUCUCUUCUAUGUGAUGUCAUACUCGCAAGCUCUCUUGCAUGUGAUCUCGGAUCUGCCAGUGUCAUCGGGCUCGACUUUGAAAGGUGGCUCUUUUCUGACGCAAUUUUCAAAGGGGUAAAUUGA